CGGUGGUAGAAUAACGGUGAGUAUGCCUUUAACACCAAGGGCGCACAAAUUUUAUCCAUAGCACCUACAUCAGGACUAGUUGCGGCAUCUAGUUGCAAACAAGUGGAAAAAAAUGGUCGACUACUUGUUGUAUGAAUCCGCAACGGGUUAUUCCCUCUUUGACGUAGUUGGAGCAGAAGAAGUUGCUGGUAAAACUAAGGAAGUCCAGCUCUCUCUUCAAGACCUCUCGAAGUUCGGAAAGGUCGUGCAAUUGAGAAGCUUUGUUCCUUUCAAAAAUGCUGCACACGCUUUAGAAAAUGCAAACGAUGUUUCUGAAGGCGUUAUGAACGAGUACUUGAAGGGCUUUUUGGAAUUAAAUUUGCCCAAAGCCUCAAAGAAGAAGAAAAUUUCUUUGGGAGUUCAAGACAAAAACUUGGCUUCAUCCAUUAAGGGUGAGCUUGAAGGUAUCGAAUGCGAUACUUCUGACCUUGCUCAAGAUCUUUUGCGUGGUAUCCGUUAUCAUGGUGACAAGAUGUUGAAGCAACUUUCUGCUGGUGACUUUGAAAGAGCUCAGUUGGGUUUGGGUCACUCUUACUCUCGUGCCAAGGUGAAGUUCAAUGUCAAUCGUAACGACAACAUGAUUAUUCAAGCCAUUGCUAUCCUCGAUCAAUUGGACAAGGAUAUUAAUACAUUCUCUAUGCGUAUGAAGGAAUGGUAUUCUUGGCAUUUCCCUGAGCUGUCUAAGAUUGUCGGUGAAAACUAUAAGUAUGCCCUCGUUGCCAAAUUCAUUGGUGAUAAGAAUUCUGUGAACGACGAAAUUUUGCAUGAUUUGGCUGCCCUUGUCGACGAUGACAAGGAUGUUGCUCAAAGUAUCAUCAGCUCUGCUCGUGUCUCUAUGGGUCAAGACAUCUCUGCCAUCGAUUUGGAAAACAUCAGUGCUUUUGCCGAACGCGUCAUUAAGUUGAGUGAAUAUCGUAGACAACUUCAUAAUUAUCUAGUUCAAAAGAUGAGCGUUGUAGCUCCUAACCUUGCUGAAUUAAUUGGUGAAAUGGUUGGUGCUAGAUUGAUUUCUCACGCUGGUAGUCUUACCAAUCUUUCCAAGUGCCCUGCCUCUACUGUUCAAAUCCUCGGUGCCGAAAAGGCUCUUUUCCGUGCUUUGAAGACUCGUGGUAACACACCCAAAUAUGGUAUCAUUUAUCACUCUAGUUUCAUCGGCAAGGCAGGCAGCAAGAACAAGGGUCGUAUUUCUCGUUUCCUUGCUAACAAAUGCUCCAUCGCCAGUCGUAUUGACAACUUCAGUGAUAUUCCUUCCACCGCGUUUGGUGAGGUAUUGCGUCGUCAAGUUGAUGAGCGUUUAGGCUUUUACGAUACCGGCGUUGCUCCUACCAGAAACAGCGUCGCCAUGUCCGAAGCUUAUGAGAAGGCUCUUUCCAAUGUUAAAUUGGAUGCUGACGAAGAGGACGUUGCUGAGGAAGAAGUUAAGGAUGAUGCCGACAAGAAGGACAAGAAGAGCAAAAAGGAGAAGAAAGAAAAGAAGGAGAAGGGUGAAAAGAAAGAAAAGUCUAAGAAGAAGCGCUCUUCAGAUGAUGCUGAUGAAGACUCCAAGAAGAGUAAGAAGAAAAAGAAGAGUCACAAGGAAGAAUAAUCUUCAGUUAUUCUUUCACUUUUUGUUAUAUUAUUGGAUUUCAGUAGGGAGAUUUAAAAAUGCUUACGGUGUGAAAACUUUGCUUGUAAUAAAAAAUUAAAGCUUCUUCAGCAUAUUUCUUCGUAACAGUCCGAUUUAUUAUAAGUAGUUGUACGUUUCGCAUACUAUAUGUCCGUAAUUUAGAACAUAGUAUUAUUAUCGUGGUAAUUCAUCCAUUUUAUGUUGAUCAUAUGAAAGCUCGACGACUUUAAGCAAUUUCAUCCGAAUGGGGUCGGUCAACAUGUUGUAGAGUUUGAGGCAUACAAAUAUUAUUUUUUAAAAACAAUUAACUAAUUAGCUUUAAAAGUUAAAAAUUCAG